GUGACUUGUGACAUAACGCUGAUCUUCUGAAGUGUUGGGCGUCCAGCAGACCUGUGAUCAGCUCCUCUCUCUGCAUGGUGUUCCUGCUUCGUGCUGUAAAGCUGAUGUGAGUUCUGCGUUCGUCCGUCGCUGCGUGACGGUGCGCGUUUUCCCACUCUGCUGCCGACACUACGCGCACUUUUCCUCCCUCCUUUCCUCCCUCUUCCUUCUCCACUAUUCUGCUUCCACCUCCUCCUCCAUCCAUCCGUCCAUCCAUCUAUCCAGGAGGCAGCCUGUCUGGACUCGACACCUCCUCCUCUUCCUCCUCCUCCUCUCUCUACAGCAGAAUAGCAGAGGAGAAGAAAACUAAUAUUUUAGCAGUGAUAACAACCAGAGCAGCGUCCGUUCACACACUCAGAGAGAGAGGAGGAUCAUCAGCGCUGCAGCAGCGGAUCGCUCGGCUGUCAGACGCAGAGGAAUGAUAAUUAGAAAGAGAUUGACUCGGCAACAAGAAGAAAAAGAGGAAGGAGAAGAAGAAGGAGGAAGAGGAGAGGAGCUGGGCCUGCAGCAGUGAGGCGAGCAGGAGGAAUACAUGAAGGAGGAGAGGAGGAGGAAAGAAGGAGGGAAUGCAUUGAUCAUAAUCUGAUCACAAACAAGAAGGAGAAGAAGGAGGAGAGGAAAAACGGAGCAGCAGCAGCUUUUUCUGUCGGAGGGAGAUGAUGGUGACAGCAGCAGCAGCGGAGGAGGAGAUAGAGGGAUGAGCAGGGAUCAAUAAUCCUCCUCCUCCUCCUCCUCCUCCUCCCCCACCUUCAUCCCUCCAUCACCUCUGCAGGAGCCGCUGAAACCUACGGAUCUGAACGCACAACCCGACGAGACGAUAACGAAUCCCAGAUGCCUCGUCGUAUCCAGGAGGAAGACACACACCUGACAUGACAUUUAACCUUUGCGUGUCACUUCCUCUGACAGACCGACUGCAGGAUGAGUCCUGCAGGUGAACCCGUGGACGACCGGGACGCUCUCAGAAGAUGAUCUUCAGCGGACGGUACCUUUUCAUUUCGUGGAGCUUUGCGUUGUGUUGAUUUCUCCAUGUUUGGUUUGACGGGGAGCUAAACUGAACUCCAACACUCACCUUGGGAUUUUAUCAUGAGGCACCACAAGAAAGUCGGUGGUUAGUCGCCUUGUUUGGGAGUUGGCACAUGGUCGUGCAGACUGCUUGGAGGGGUGGAAACACUGUUGAAUGCCGGGAGAAUCCCUUGUUCUGGACAAUCUGCAAUGAUAAUGUACGAUAUGUCAGAAAAUGAGGGACCAGUGAAGUCUCUAUCGGCCGUCUUCUCUUGGAAAUCCAUGUUCUGAUCCUCUGCAUGGAGUGCAAGGAGUGGAUACAACGGACUCACUGACAGACAGCUUUGUUUUUCCGAGUUGGGGACGACUCAGUCUUCUUCUAUAUCUGUUCUGUUUUUAACGUCAUGGGUCUGAACCCGGACAGAAACACCUGACUGAACCAGGGAAUGGUCGACGACUCCAUAAACCUUUCUGAUUGGAGUCGGCGAGGACGAGGUCCAUCUUGAUCUUCAAAUCAGAACUCGAAGAGGCAAAAGUCCUCUCCCCCCCACUUACCUCUGGUGGGGGGGAGGGUGAAGGGUAGUUUAGCUUUUAGGGUGUAGGGUUUAGGGCGUCAGGGUGUAGUUUUGUAGUUAUUUAGACUUUAGGUUGUAGACUAGACUGAACUAGUUCUAGUAACUGAGUCCUUCCAUCUUGUGUUAGCCUUCCUCUUUGGUCUGGAUCUAUCUGUCUUCAGGAGUUUAGCAUUAGUGAACUUGCCCCAGCUGUUGUUCAGCCUGAGGUUCCCUAGCCAUUAGCCUGUGUGCUAACCCUCAGACCAGCUCCAGUCAUGGAUGCUAAUCAAGGCCCCGGCCAGGGCAGCCCAGAAAGCCCAAACCGGGCCGUGGAGUACCUUCUUGAACUCAACAACAUCAUCGAGAGCCAGCAGAAGCUUCUAGAAACGCAGCGGCGCCGAAUCGAAGAGCUGGAGGUCCAACUGGACCGGCUCAGCCAGGAGAACAAAGACCUGCGUUUGGACCGGCAACCUGUUGCUCCUCCUCCACCUGCUCCUCCUCCCGAGCCACCUCUCCCUCCUCCUCCGCCACCGCCUCCACCGACUCAGACCACGUCGUCAUCCGUUUCUACCAAGAAUCACCACCACCACCACAACAGCCAACACCAAGCUCCUCCCCAGCCUCCCUCCUCCAUUCCCCUCCACCACAGCCACCACCACCACCAACAUCAUCAGCACCACCACCACUCCUCUGCCCACCACUCCUACAACAGCACCAACAGCACCAACAUGACGGCCAUCCCGGUUCCUGCUCCCGCUCCGUCUUCAGCCCCGACCUCCAUCUCGAUCCCGACGCAAAUCCCAACUCCGAUCUCCUCAUCAUCAGCCCCCGCUCCACCUCCACCUCCUCCGAUCCCACCCAGGGAUCAGCCUCGGGCCCACAGCCGGCUGACCCGAGUGCCCUCCACCAGCACCGGCACCAACACCAACUUCGUGGAGAAAGAAAAGGAGAGGCUCGAGCGCCUGCACAAAGCCAACGCCUCCAACAACCACCACGCUCACACCCUCCACCUCCACAAAUCUGUGGACGGUGACCCUCAGUGUCCGGAGGCUCUCACUUUUUCUGAUUCGUCCUUCGGCCAUCCGCCUCCCUUCCAUCGCUAUAGCAACAGUCCCCUCACCAGCCCCUGUGACCCGUACAGCUCCGCCUCCACCAGCGGGCCCCUGGGAGCCUCCCACACACACACACAGGGCAGCUCUCCCAUCUCUCCUCCCAGCCCGGCGAGCCUCGCCUGGGCUCAGCGUAGUCGUCACCAGCCGGCCAGCCUGGCGCUCCGCAAGCAAGAGGAGGAGGAGAGCAAACGCUGCAAGGCUCUAUCCGACAGCUAUGAGCUCUCUACAGACCUCCAGGACAAGAAGGUGGAGAUGCUGGAGAGGAAGUACGGGGGACAGUUUGUGUCCCGCCGGGCAGCGAGGACGAUCCAGACGGCGUUCAGACAGUACCGCAUGAACAAGAACUUCGAGAGGCUUCGCAGCUCGGCCUCUGAGAGCAGGAUGACCCGCCGCAUCAUCCUGUCCAACAUGAGGAUGCAGUACUCGUUUGAUGAGCGGCAGCCACAGGGUCAGGGGUCAGCGGGUCAGCAGGGGUCAGAGGACGCCGGAGACAUGGACGACUCGUUCUCUAAACAGGUGAAGUCUUUGGCUGACUCCAUGGACGACUCCCUCACCUGCCAGUCUGGCCGGGAGGACUCACAGGAAGUAGCAGGAGAGGGAGAGGAGGACGACGAGGAGGACGAGGAGGAGGGAGAUGAAGAGGAGGAAGAGGAGGAGGAGGAAGGAGAGGAGGAUGAGGAGGAAGACGAGGAUGAAGACUACAGGGAGUGCGUGUGGCGCAACACCAACCCGGCGUCUCGACGCUUGGCGGGCCGGGUGGGAGGAGUGGGAGGAAGAGGAGGCGCGGGGGGAGGUGCCGCCAUGCACGAGGAUAGCACCGCCACCUCCUUCAGCGAUGUCACCCUCUACAUGGACGAAGGCUGCCUCCCCUCGUCGCCACUCUCCCGCCCACCGUCCUCGCCGCUCUCCCGCCCCGCCUCCAGCUCCGACACUGAGUACUGGGGAGGAGGUGGAGGAGGAGGUGCAGGGGGGAGGGAGGACAGCAGGGAGACAGAGGGAGGCAGCAGCGCCAGCCGGAGGAGCAGCACUCCCUGCACCGAGUGUCGAGGGGAGUACAGAGGGAGGGCGGGAGGAGGCGCAGGUGGAGGAGGAGGAGGACACCUUCCUGUCCUGACUAUCGAACCGCCCAGUGACAGCUCAGUGGACAUGAGUGACAGGUCGGAGCGAGGCUCCAUCGGGCGGCUGGUGUACGAGCAGGAGCCGUCAGGAGCCGAGCGAGGAGGAGGAGAGAGGGAGAGGAGGGGAGGAGCAGGAGAAGGGGAGAGUGGAGAGGACGAGCGAGGUGGAGGAGGUGGAGGAAGCAGCGAGGCCGACUCUCCGCAGGGAACGAUCAAACACAAACCGAACGGCCGCUCGGUGGCCACGGCGCAGGGACAGACUCGCAGCCCCGCCAACGUCCCGUUAUCGAUGCCUUCAGCCCGGACCCUGCCGCCACACCCGCUCCCCCACCCGCUCCAACACCCGCACUCACACCCCCACCCUCACCCUCACCCCCACCCAUCUCCCAUCCCGCACCUACCCACCAUCCUGCACCACCACCCGCAGUACAGCCAGCCACACAUCAUGCACAUGCACCACGUGCACGGCGGCAGCCCGUACAUCCAGCACGCUCACCACUUCGCCCAGCACCACUACCACCACCUGCACCACCAGCACCACCACCUCCCACACGCGUACCCAGAGCCCCCCUCCUCCCCGCUGCCCUCCCCCGUACCUCCCCUCACACCUCUGUCCCCCCUGCCGCCGCCGCUCACCCCCUCCCCGCUGUCCUCCUCCACCUCGUCCGCGCUGCAGAGCAUGGAGGCGCAGCAGCACCACGCCCACCACCCCCAUCUGCACCACCACCACCUGCUCUGCUCAGACGGAGACAACGAGAGCGUCAACUCCACCACCACCAACUCCAACGACGACACCACCGUCAACAACUGCAGCUCCGGCUCCUCGUCAAGAGACAGCCUGCGGGAGCCAAUCGGAGGAGCCACGCUGGGGAAACAGACCUAUCAGAGAGAGAGCCGCCACAGCUGGGACUCACCCGCCUUCAACAACGACGUGGUGCAGCGGCGGCAAUACCGCAUCGGACUCAACCUGUUCAACAAGAAGCCGGAGAAAGGGAUCCAGUACCUGAUCGAGAGGGGCUUCGUGUCGGACACACCGGUCGGCAUCGCCAGGUUCAUCCUGGAGAGGAAAGGACUGAGCAGGCAGAUGAUCGGAGAGUUCCUGGGCAGCCGGCAGCAGUUCAACAAGGACGUCCUCGACUGUGUUCUGGACGAGAUGGAUUUCUCAGGGAUGGAUCUCGAUGACGCUCUGAGGAAGUUCCAGGCUCAGAUUAAAGUUCAGGGUGAAGCUCAGCGGGUGGAGCGACUGGUGGAGGCCUUCAGUCAGCGGUACUGUGUUUGUAACCCGGUGCUGAUCCGGCAGUUCCAGAAUCCUGACACCAUCUUCAUCCUGGCCUUUGCCAUCAUCCUCCUCAACACGGACAUGUACAGCCCCAACGUGAAGCCCGAGAGGAAGAUGAAGCUGGAGGACUUCAUCAAGAACCUGCGGGGUGUCGAUAACGGUCAGGACAUCCCCAGGGACCUGCUGGUGGCCAUCUAUGGACGGAUCCAGAAAUGGGAGCUGAGGACCAACGAUGACCACGUGUCUCAGGUCCAGGCGGUGGAGAGGAUGGUGGUCGGCAAGAAGCCCGUGCUGUCCCUGCCUCAUCGCAGGUUGGUGUGUUGCUGUCAGCUGUUCGAGGUUCCUGAUCCAAACAGAGCUCAGAGGAGCGGCGUCCACCAGAGAGAAGUCUUCCUGUUCAACGACCUGCUGAUGGUGACAAAGAUCUUCCAGAAGAAGAAGACCUCAGUGACGUACAAUUUCAGACAAUCAUUUCCUCUGUUGGACAUGCAGGUCCACACCUUCCAAAACACCUACUACCCUCACGGUAUCAGGCUGACGUCGGCGAAUCCCGGAGGAGAGAGGAAGGUGCUCAUCGUCUUCACAGCUCCGAGCCAGCAGGACCGAGCACGCUUCACCUCCGACCUCCGAGAGAGCAUCGCAGAGGUCCAGGACAUGGAGAAGUACAGGGUGGAGUCCGAGCUCGAGAAGCAGAAAGGUGUGAUGCGUCCCGGCGUGUUGACGGGGGGACCAGGAGGAGGCGGGACGCCGGGUUCAAACACCGGCACCUUGAAGAGCGAGGUGGUGAACGGCACUCUGGGUAGGCCGAGCCUCGAUGACACUUACGCCUCGGUGGACGGACUCAAACGCACGGCGCUCAGCUCGUCGCUGAGAGACCUCUCAGAGACAGGGAAGCGAGGUCGUAGGAACAGUGUGGGGUCAUUGGACAGUACCAUUGAAGGUUCCAUUAUUAGCAGCCCUCGACCUCACCAGCAGCGCCCCCUGCCUGCUGGAGGUCUAUCCUACAGCCCCAUGAUGGUCCCCUCGUCUCCAGCAGCUUACCGGCCACACCGCCCUACUCAGAGCCCCGGUACAGGGGUGGGGGGUGGGCCGGGGCUCUGUCACAACCAGGGGGGCGCCACCACCUCCCCGCACGGGAGCGGGGGAGGGGCUGGGGGCGGAGGAGGGAUGGCGAUUGGGGGAGGCCCGACUGGCGGCGGCCUGCUGGGGAAUUUCUUCGGCAGUCGCAGAGGCAAGGUUCCUGGUCCCCUGACGAUGACGUCGCCGACUCCGCAGGGUCCUCCGAGUCCCCUGAUGAUAUCAUCACCCCCCCACUACCCCGCCCCCGCCCUGCCCAUCCCCCACCCAUCCUCCCCUUCCCCAUGCCCCUCCCCAUCGCCCAACCUCGGCCAGUCGGACUCGGGAGGAGUUGGCGGGGGAGGCGUUACGGGAGGGGGGCCGUCCAAGCUUCAGGCUUGCACGCCCAGUACUGCCACGGCAACAGUGGAGGAGGAGGAGUAA